ACCGCCUUUCCCAUUGCAGCAGCCUCAACUCGUAUUCAAUCCACCUCAGCCCCAGCCCCAGCCCCAGCCCUCCUAUCCACCGACGUACCCUUCUAAUGCGCCUGCCCUGCAAAACCAGAAUGUCCCUGGGCCGUCUCUUUAUGCACUGAACGAAAUCGCCAAAGAGACUGCGGGGCUCGCCGGGAGAGGACUUCCAAGUCUGCCCCCAACGUGGAACGCCGGAUAUGCUCCUCCGCCUCCCAUCCCCUACAACCCUCAAGGUCCCAUGCAUCAGUGGCCAGGGUACGGCUAUCACGCACCCGCACCAAAUUAUUAUGGUGGCUACCCCGGACCUCAAGCUCAUGGUGCAGCGCCUGGUGCAGCACCUUAUCCUGGUGCCCCAAUGCAAGCCCCCCCUGCUCCUGCUCCUGCAGCGCAGGUCCCGCUUCACCAGCAGGUGCAAGUGAUGGCGGAUGCUGCACCAAUGCCGCAAGUACCAUCUGUAGGCCCAGUGGAGGGAAGUUCUACGGGGAGUUUGAAGAGGAAGGCGGAUGACAUGACCGAAGGCACGAAAGAACAACGUCAUCGUCCUCAGGACGAUCCAGAUUUUGAACGCGUGCCGCCGGGUACAGAUGGGAAAGAGAGGUGGAGAUGUCUUAAGGACGCAUGCAAAAAAAGUCGUCCGAUGCUGGCGGCCAGCGUUCAUAACCAUAUAACGAAUACGGUCUCACAUGGUGGAUUAACUGAGUAUGUAUGCGAAGCGUGUGGUGCCGUUUUCAACCGCCAAGAUGCGUUGAAAAGGCACCAACGCUCUCAACAGUGCACCAGAAAUAGGGAGAAGGCUCUGGCUCAAGCAAACUCUCAAGCGCUUGGUCCCAUCACGUUCGCAUCUUCCUCAGGCCCUGCAUCGAGCUCGGCGACCCAACAAUCCUUGCCCCCGUCUGUGACCCCACCGCAUGUUGUUCGGGUCGCUGGGAAUAGCACAUCUGGCGCUGCGUCCUCCGUCGCGAUGUCUCAGCAACAAUUCGCCUUCAAAGUCCAAGGACCUGCAUCAGGCUCUACGAAUCAACAAUUCCUACCCUCGCACGUUGCCCCACCGCAUGCUAUUCAAGCCGCUGCGAGUAGCACGUUUGGCGCUACAGCCCCCUUCGCCAUGUCUCAUCAGCAAUUCACCUUGAAAGCACAAGAGCCUGCAUCAAGCUCGCAUGUCCCAACCUGGCCUGCGUUCUCGCAGAAAUUUCCAUCUCUCCCCGAGAACACUCAAACUUCAUUCAAACCGACAACUGUGCAGCAGCCGGCUGUCGCACCCCCGUUGCAGGCCUUCCAGAGUACCCCGAACCAGACUUCUUCUACUCCCCUCCCAUCUGCACCUAAACCACAACCCGCGCAGCCGUCAUCUGGCCAUGCUAUACCAAUCGUCGCGAGUGAUUUCUCAUUGUCAAUUUUCAAGCAGACCGCUGCUCCCCUCCAACCUCCUUUGCCGCCCUCGUCUCUUCCCCCGUCUGAGGAUGUAAACGAUGACGAUGAUAAUGAUUCAUCCGGUUUAUUCUCAGAACCAUCCUCUCCCACACCAUCAAACGAUGCAUUCGACCCUUCCAUGUACCUGUUCUCCGCACCACCGUCUCCCUCUCCUGGCUGAGAAAGCGAUGGAUGCUCCUGUGCCUUAAUGUAAAUGCAAUGGCGCCUCUCUUUGACCCCAUUCGACGGGUCUGUUCUCAAUAUUGAUUAUUUAUUCGAUGUCGAGCCAGCGCUCUUGGACUGCCUUGUGUUCGGUUUCAUUGUCGUAGACUUCACAUAUCUUCACAUGACAUCGUGCAUCGUUUGUUCCUCAUUUAUUUUGGAAUAGACACAAGUACCUAUACCAAUUGGAAGUAUACCCC